AUUUUCUCGAGUGAUGCGAUACUUUAGUAAAUAAACAACUUGCUGGGCUGAAACUAGGCUCUGAAAUUUGUGUUUUAGUAAUUAUCUACUUAAAAUUAUAAAAUACAUAGUUCAUUUUCCGUUAUCGUUCGGAGAAGUUAAGUGUUUAGUGAAUUAUUUGUUAGCGUACUUUUACAGCGUGGUGGUUAUACUUGAAUUUUGAUCGAAAGUCAUGGUCAUUUUGUUGUGCUAUCAAGGAUAUAACUUCGUAAACACGUUUUGAAGCAAUGCAUUUCCAUAAAUUUUACUGGGUUAUGUAGGCUUCAAACUUUUUAAAGCUCUACCAAGAGUUUUAUGGUCACAAUUCAUUAAAUCUAUUUGAAGAUUCCACCACUACACCAUAAUGACUGAUCCACUAUACUCAGGGUUUGACACCAACUUUCCAUUGAAAUCAGAACCCUCUCAGGAUACAAUAAUGGGCUCCCAAAAUCCAUCUGCCAGCGUCCCCAUUCCGGCUCGUCGAAUGAAUGAACUAACGGAUUUUUCUGGACUUGACCAAUAUUCUGUUUCCCCGUACAGUAAUCUAGUGCCAGAUCCAACGAACGUCCUGGAAUCAUCUCUGUUUCCCGGAAAUAACUCACAAUUGUGGGAUCCUGUGAUAACUAAUAGUAAUUUUCUAGACGUUAAAAUGGAUGACGAUGACAUUUUCCAAGACACAACCAACCCACUUCAGGAUCUUACACUAGCAGAAUUAAACGGGCUCAACAACAGUACCAGUGAUCCUUUAGAAGGCCUUAAUUUUGAUGAUAUGAUAUUGCCUGAUGCUACUAACUGUUUCAACAAUUAUAUUGAACCAGUGAACAAACAGCAGAGCAGUCCGCUUGAUACUCAAGCCCUGGCGGCUGUAUCAAUCUCCAACACCAAUGUCGCAUCGUCAUUUCCCCCUGAUUCCACGAUUUUAUACAGAGACUCUCACAUUGCUUCAACAAGUAUGCCGUCUAGUCCCCUGAAUCCUGUCAUCAUUGGAACAUCAGAUAAACAGUAUCAAACCGCUCUUUCGCCAGUUAGUCACAGCUCUAGCUCGUCACUUCUCACCCCUCCAUUGCAAAAACCGAGCACCCUCCACGAUCUGCUUUUGAAGAAAAAUAGUUCCUUGUCUCCCGAGGCUCAGCAUCCAUUGGGCCAGUCAGUUCCAGGCUCAGGCAGUCACUUGUCCCAGUAUACUUCCAUUGGGAUCCCUGCUCCACGUUAUGGUUCAAGUAAUUUUUCGCGACUUUCUUCCUCGGCACCGACGCACAUGGAUGCUCUGAGGCAUGAACAAAUAUGGGCACGGCGAGAGUCGCGCAACCAUUUGCUCUCUACCAGUUCACUUGCCGAAGGAGGCUCCACAUCAUCCCUUUCAACAGGAGGCAUUCUGAGUCCAGAUCCAACAGAGUUCUCAUUUGAUGACAGUGAUGAUGACAGUGAUGAUCAUGAUGAGGAUUACUCUUCAGAUGGAGACUCCGGUAGUGAUAAUGAAGGUGGCACACCUGGGCAGAAGAAGAAAGAGAAAGCUUUCUGGCAGUAUAACGUUCAGUCCAAAGGCCCGAAAGGUCAACGGCUAGUCUUAAAUACAAAACCCGAAGAUCCUCAUUUCUUGAACGAAAUCACUGAUCCUGUAUUCAGUCCUCAAUGUGCUGUGCAAGGAAUUAAACACAGUGGGAAAGCAAGGAAAGGAGAUGGCAAUGAUCUUACACCAAAUCCUGCCAAGCUACAUGUGAUCGGUAAAGAAUUGGACAAACUUACGCAUAUAAUCCACGACAUAGCUCCAGUCAAUGAAUUACCUUAUAAUGCUAGGAGCAAAACAAGACGAGAGAAAAAUAAACUUGCGUCCAGGGCUUGUCGAUUGAAAAAGAAGGCUCAACAUGAAGCAAAUAAGAUCAAAUUAGUAGGUCUGGAAACAGAACAUAAAAGGUUAAUCGCAGGAAUUUCUCAAAUGAAACAAACUCUAUACAGCGCCUUUGCUCAAGAAUCAAAUGGUGGCCAAGUCGAUCAUCAAGAACUCCUUAAAAUGGCAGACAAGAUAGUGAAACAAGCAACAAAAGUGAAGAUUGCUGGACAGACAACAGAUUUUGUUAAUAAAGUGCUAGAUAGAGAAAAAAGUAACAGAUCAACUGCUUUGGAUGAUUUAUAACUCAGAUUCACAACAUAUGAGGUGGAUAUCAGGAAGCUGAGGCCAUGUUACAGUGCAAAUUAUUAUUUCGCUGCUCAAGGAGCAUCCAUUUAAAUCCUCCACGCAGCAGUUCUUCUUAUUUAGUCGUAAGUUGUUGUAAGCAGGCUCCUGUAAGGGCAUCACAUGAACUGUAUUGUUUGGCAAAUACUAUGCUUUUUUCGUCCUUCAGGUAUGUCUGUUAAGUUGCUAUCAUUUCUGAUCUCAGUGAUCAUGAGUCAGACGUAGCUUCUUCCCUAUCACUUUAUAGACACUAAAAAGUAAAUCCAUCGAUGAGGCAUUCGUGUCGCAAAAAUGAUGCUCUAAGUGAUCAAGUCAUAACUUGCUUACUUCAAUCAGGAUUUCUAGUCGAAGGUCAAAAGAUCUCUGCUCUUUUAAAAUGGUCAGCUUUUUCCGCUCUAUUCAACAGGAAAGCUCUGGAGUUAGCAAUUUUAGUUUUGAAAAAGUAUUAUUUCCAAAGAAAGGGAAGACGGACAGGUUGCUUUCACUGAGUAAAUACCAGUUGCAAGUCAAAUACCGAAUCUUGUUUUAAGAAAAAACAUCGUAAAAGUUUAUUCAGUAGUUAUAGUUUUGAAGAAACUAGGAAAGCGUGUAAAUUGCAUGAAAACUGUGAAACUUCAGAAUAUUAUAUGUAUCUUUUGAAUAUCAUGAUAAGCAGAUGCAGCAAGAGUAUGUUGUUUAUUACCAAAUGUGCAGGUAUGAAGGCACAGUUCUUUUGGUUAAGACGUAUUCUGAGAAGUGUGUGUUAAUACAUAACUUUCAAUUCCCCCCCCCCCCCAAAAAAAAAGUACCUCCAUUGUAACUUGCCCACACAAUUUUUGAAUUGAAUUUUUUUUUUUUAGUUUAGGUCAGGAAGCCUAAUUUGAUACCUUUACAAGUCAUUGUAGGAGCUGAGAUAGAAUUUGGAAUUCAAAGUUUCUAAGAGAAUAUUAAUCGUAGGCAUUUCAGAUUUGAAUGGUUGUUGCCAUGCAAAAUAUACAGGGCUUUCUGCAUGGCUCCGCUUCAAUGUGAAAAUAAGCUUUGGAAUGCAGUUUGUUUGCCCUCAUCAGCAGCAGCAGCUGGUUAAACCGACCAGCGUGGCAGAAAACAUCUAUGAAGUUUGUACAGGAACAAUGAGUGAAAUUUCUGAAGAAUUUUGAAUCCUAAGUGAGGAAGUAAAGUCUUUGAUGGUAUAUUUUGAAUACCAAGAAAGUUGGCCCCUGAGUUCAAGGCAAUUUUUUUUUGAUCAGAAACAGUUUCACCAGUAGCGGCUCAUUAUCUCCGUGGUUAUUGUCUUGAUCCCCCUCCUACCCAGAUUGAAUUGAAGGGCGCAGACAAAAGUGGUACAAAUGAUGAGCUGUUACUAGGUUUCAUGAUUGUUAGUUUCACGCAAGCUUAUCGAUCCAUUCACAAGUGAAAUUAAGAACUAAAUAUUUUGGAAACUUCUUUUGUUCAUCGGCAACUGUUGAUCAAUCACUAUGGCAUUUUUUCGUUGAUAUAGUGUGUUUCAUCUGAAAGCAAGUAGAUAGCAGAGAACUAAUGAGAAUCAAUUUUCUGUGCCUUGCAUUUUUGAUUUCCUGAUUAGAAACACCAUCGAAUGACCUCCUGCCUCCCAUACCAUCAUGAAAUCUUCCAAAUCUAGUUCACUCAUCAUUAAUGAUUUAUUCUGAUGCCUAUUGGCAGGUAGAUUUUUUUUUGCAACAGUAACUUAAAAGUUGAAUAUUAUUUUAAUAGUGUUAUUCGUCUAGUGUUUAAGCCAAGUCUUAAUUCGAUGCCAAUCUUGCUUCUUGACCAUAAUUGAGAAAUGAUCGGUUUUAUAUUUAAAUGACUCUAAUGUGCUCAUACUUCAAUCUUAAGGUGAAUUUUCAUGAUAAAGGGGAAGGAACUGCUUUGAUUUGUUUCUUUUUUUUCUCUCUCUCAAAGCUGAGUACUUUUCCCUCCUGUGUUUAUACAUUUAACAAUUAGAGUCCAAAGGUAUUCAACUUGAGCCAAGGGUAAUAUCACCACACCAAGAGCUAUAGAUUUGCUGGAGGUAGUCUGUGUAUUGUUUGUUGCUGAGCCAUGUUCAAGAAUUCAGAAAUUUUUGUCUGUGUAGUACAAAUGAAGCCUUUCAAUUUACAAGCAGGGAAAUUAUUUUUACUGUAUAAUCUAUAUUCCUUUGUACCUUGUGAUGUGAAACUUAGGUGGUUACAAAUAGGAAAGAAUCUUAUGAGUGCCAGUUUGUUUGAGUUAUAUGAAAAAUUGAUCGAAGAAAAGGAAUUUUAUCCCUGCGAGGUACAACUUUUGAGUUAUGACACUGCAGACCAUAAGCUGAUUUAAUUUUGUGCCUCUUGCAUAUUCUUGUCUGGAAUAAUGAGUAUCAUUAGAGUGAAAUUUUAUUUCUAACCCUGAAUCUGGUCAUGAAUGUACUUUUUUUUCAUGAGACAAUAAAUACCUCCUUUUGUCUCAAAGGAGUGAGCAGAACCCAGAAUGUGAAUGCUGCCCAGUCAAAGAACGUAGUGUUUACCUCAGAUAUCAUCCAUAAAAAGUUGUAGUCUCGCAGGUUAAAAGUGCAAGCUUACCAUGUGACCAGGUCUGUGUAAAAGGGCCUUACCCUCCGGGAGAAAAUUUUCCUCAACUUUUUGUAAAUGCAUGGAACAAGCAAAUGUGAAUAUUUCAGAGCAAUUUUGGACCUGAAAGCUCAAAAUUUGAAGGAGAUUUGAAGCUCCAAGUUCUCUGACAAAAAUUCGUAGGUUGUAGAAAAAUUCAGUUAAAGUUUUUUUAAAAAAAUGAGGAAAAUUUUCUCCCAGAAAAUAGGGUCCCUUUUCACAGAUCUGGCCACAUAUGACCUCCUUGCUGGGUACUCUUUAAGCUAAUGUACCUCCGAAGUUUAGGAUUUUCAUUUUGUCAAUUAUUUAUUAUCAAGCUGUGCUAAUAAUUUAGAAGUAUCAAUUUUUGUUACUAUCAUUACCAAAUAAACAAGUUGAAUGUGUAGCGUUCAAAUGAAGAAAUUAAAACCAAAAACAGACCAUUUUUCUCUUGCUCAGUUGGUAUUCUUAUAAUUUCUCAUUUCGAGUCCUUUUUCACACAUCUCACUGCGAUCACAGAAUAUGUGUAUUUCGUUCAUCCAUGUGCUUUCAAUUUUCGAAGAAAGUAAUUUUGCAAGGGUUAAGAAUGAUAUAAUCGCAUCUCCUCUAUUGAAGAUUUCAAAGGAAAAAAACUUCCUUUCGGAGAAUGGUUGAUUUUGGUAGGCCCAGGUCUGAUUUUAACAGAGUUUAAUUGUUUUAAUCAUGUUUCGUUUGUCGUCUUGGUUGAUGGUGAUUAACUAUAUUUCUAUUUUAGUUUUCAAUAUCCACUAAUUUUUACAUUUAUUUUAGUUAAUAUGAAUCAUCAGACAACUAAGUACAUUAAAUUUUUAAAAAUAUAAAAAAUUGAAAUUAUUUUGUCUUUCAAGUGUUUCACAUGCACUGGAUGGCUCAUAAUUGAUUUCUGUAAGCUGGAUGUACUAGUAAGGAAGCAUUUUAAAACUUCCUCGAGCCUCUCUUAAAGUUUUAGCUUUUUAAGUUUCCUGCAAAAUUUCCAUCGAAAAGCUCCUCAAUGCCUCAUAAAGUGCACAGAUGAUUCUAACCUAACUUUCGCAUUUCAUUCGAUUUUUCCUGAUUACCGAAAUUUGUAGAAAUUCAUAUCAUUAUAAAUGUUGCUAAAUUAUCCGUCUUUAAAUUGCAUUUGUGUAUCGGUAUAUUUAUGAUCUCAAUGAUUUCCACUAUUGUACAAAAGUUCUUUGAAAAUGCAAACAAAUUAUAUUCUUAAUCAGUAAAAUUUGUUCUCCGUGCUAGUGCGAUUUUUUUCCCCAAGUCAACCAGAUCGAUAGUAAAAUACCAUCUUUCAAUACAGAAUAUGCACAAGAUUCUCAACAACUAGGAAAAGUCUAUUCUAAUUUUUCAUACAUCCAAACUUUUCAAUGAUCUAUUUACAAAUGCUCUGAUCCUUCUCUGUACAUAUUUAAGCAUAAAUUUUUAUUUUGUGCCUAUCUCUUUAUUACAAUUUCAACACUUAGACUUAGUGCAAAAAAAUACGCUCUGUUGCAAAAAAAAUCGGACGCACACUAUAGUUUCUAAUUGGCUUCUCCAUACUCUGAUGUGAAAUUGAUGUUUACAUAUAAAUUAUAUGUAAGUAGGUCUCAGUGUGGUAAUUAGUGUUAAACAUGAAAAAGCGUAAAGUAGAGGAGAAUAUUUAUUUUAUGACAUUUAAUCCGCUGGCAAAAGUAUUACCAAAAUAAAACUAAAAUUAUUCCCUUCUCCCCUCCUCUGGUUUUUUGUUUUGUCCUCUGAACUCACAUUCAGCAAGAGCUGAGUUAAAUGAGGGACUAUAAAUGAAAACUGGUCUCUUUCAUUUUCUAAUAUCUGAGUGAAAACGCUCAAAAGUUUAAAAACUAAUCUAAUUAGCAUUGAAAAUUUUGCUUUUUAUCAAUGUAUCUGCAGUUCUUCUGAAAAUCGAAGUUAGCUUCAAGCUAUUAGUACAUACAUUACUGAGAGCCUCUUAAAGUUUACAGUAAGAUCAUGAUCAUAACUUACAGCCUGAUCUAGAGCAUGGAAUUUUAUGUUUGUAGGUAUAAAAAAUUAAAUAAUUUUCUGGUCUUAACAUAUCAAAAGAUCAGGUACUUUAGAUCCAAUCUUUAUUUGUCUCUAUUCUCGUGUCUGCGAGGUUUUUUUGUCAUGGUUUUAAUCUCAAUUAGUUUCUUUGCUCCAAGAUUUUUUUUUUUUUUCAUAUACUUUUAAACCUUUUUUGGAUGUACUGUUAUCUUUUCAGUUCAUAACAAUUUUUUGUCUUCUUUCACAAGCCUUUGUAAUCGAUAAACUGUUUUUAAAAUAACACUAAUUCUUCAAGUAUCUAUCUAUGCUUCAAGCAUUUCCAUUACCCUCUUUCUUUUUAGUACCUUAUCACAAGUUUAAUUAUUUGCUCUGGUUGAGUCUGUCACCAUGAACAUAUUUUUAGAAAUAUAAAGCAAGUGAUAAACCGUAUUUAUAUGUAACGAUCGCUAGGUAUUUGAAGUUAAGUAUCUUAAAUUUUAUGAAAUGUUACUUGAUACCAUGAGUAUCCACUUUACUUUUAAAGUAAUAUUUUCUCCUAAUUUUUUAAAAAUUAGGAUUAAAAAUGAAAGUAUGUUUACGAUCACCUACUUUGAACCUUUUAUUUGAUCAAAAUGUAAAGAAUAUUCACUUUGUCUGUCCACGUAUUAUUGUAAUUAUAUCGCUGUACCGGGACAUUCUGUGUUUGCAUCAAUGUUGUUUUUGUGUAACCUCACGGCAGCUUUGCAGUUUAAUCCUUUUCCUAUUCUUUGCUGUCUGGACUAUCUUGUUUUUAAUAACUGUGGCUUUGCUAAUGCUAUUUUUACCAACAUACUUCUUGCUCUCAAGCAUUUUGUAAAUACUCUCUCCCAUAUCUUACCCCUAGAAUCCAGCCUUUAGCCAGAUCAUUUUCAUCAUUAUGGAAGUAAAUUUUGCAUUUUUCUAAUUUUUUAUACAAAAUUUUAAGAAAAUUAAAAGUUUUAAUCACAAUUUGAAUUUUAACAACUAAUUAUCAAAAGUCUUGUCAACUUUCAUCCUGACUAUACCAGGCUGCCAGUUUAAAAAUGAAGUUGAAGCAUUCGCUAUCAUUUGAUACUGUAGUGACGAGUUUGAUACUUUACUGAAAGAUUUCUGGAUCGUAUUCAUUUUAUUCAUGAGAAAAUAAGACAUUUGCAGCUUGAUUAUUUAGCCUUUUUCACAAGGUCAAAGUUAAGAAAGAAUAGCUUCAUCGGCCGGUCGAGCCUUCCCUACAUCUAAGAAAUGGCGAGAAGAGUCUUCUCCAAUGAAGGAACGGUUCAAAAUCACAAGAUCUGACCAAUGAAAAUUAUUUGUAAGUGGUACCAUGAAUAUGAGAUGAAUGCUCCCUUCAGACGAAGUUCGAGGAACUGUCUUUUCUUCAUAUGAAUGAUUUUUCUGUGCAGAAUUUCAUGAAACGUUCAUUCGUAUUUUUGAACUCUUAAACAAUUAAAUUUUUACAAAAUGUAUGUUGGCCAAAAAAAAGUCAAACAGGAUAUUUUCUCAGCUCUGCAUCAAUGGAUCGAUUGUUAAAACUGAAAUAGAAAUUUAGCAGCAAAUUUUAAAGGAAUCCAUUGAAAUUAUUUUUUUCUAAAAGAAGAUUUAUGAAGUUUCCAUUUAUUUUCUUUUAGCUGUUGCAAACAUGAAAUGUUGGUGCGUUUUAAGUUUUAAAAGUGCAAAGGUUAUUUAACUUCAGGUAUAUUUUUGUUAAUUUUGUAAAUAUUUUCGUACAUGUAUAUUUUUAAUGAACAUCAACUUGCUAUUCUUUGUUAUUAUCCUUUUAUUUUUUUUUGUUAUCAUUCGUUGAGCUUAAGAUAACCAGUUAACUGUACAUACUUUUUAUUUUUUAAUUCUAGUAUUCUUCGUGUACUUUAUUUUUUGUUUGUAACAGUAGGAAGUGUUAUGUUUGAAGUAAGGUUAGUCGUUAAAGAUGGUUAUAUUUUUUUAAGUUGAGAUGUUAUGCUUGUUUUGUUAAGUUAAAUUUAUUACAAAAUUUAAAUUUCAGUUUUUUCCUCCCCAAAUGAAAAUUCUCUCCAAGCUUUGGAUUGUAUUGAAACUUAUUAUCGAUUAACGCUAGCAUGUGCCUGUCCAGCGAAUCUAUAUUCUCCUUUUUCUGAUGAGUUUAUUUUUAUGAUGUUAAAAUGAGAUAUAUUUUUCGACAAAAAUUCUAGGUUCUUUUGAAAAUAGUUUUAGUUGGAUUUAAAAUCAAGGUAAAAGUAGUUUUAAACUUAUGCUAAUACUUCUUUAUAAGAAAAAAAGAAAAGGAAAUCACAUCUAUUGAAUAACAUCUUGACAACCAUUAACUAAAAGCUAACGUCUAUAUUCUUGCAAUUUGGUGUUCAUGUUUGUCUCUAUUUAUCCGUUGACUGUGCUACUUUUGGAUAUUUUUCCGUCGCUUCUUUCAGUUUUCCUAUUUGUUACAUGCUCUUCUUUCUUUAAAAUGCAUCGUUCUUUUUACCUGUCACACCUUGUUUUAACAAACAAAGUGUAGAAUGUUCUGAAAUCCAAAGUUUUUAAAGCAUGUACCUGGUUAAUUUUUAAGACUGUCUUAUUAACAGCUUAAUAGCCGUGAAACAAAUGAACAAACUCUAUUCAUUGUUUAUUAUGGAAAUUACAUAACUAAAUUCUCUCGUUCGUUGGACCUUCCUUAAAAAAUAAAGAAUAUGACAACACUUGGAAUAAAAAUCAACUUUAAAAGAAGGGUUUUAGUUUUUUGCUAGAUCUUAACCACCUAAUGAUCGCAUUCAAAUAGCUUCAAACAUAGCUGCUUUCCCACAGUACUUGGAUUUUUGGUUUUUCUUGAGUAUGCUUCACUUGCAUUUCAGAACCACGAGUAGUAUGUGUACGGAUGGUUUACUGGAUUUUAAAUCUUGUGGCAUAUCAAGGAAGUGGAAAAUUUUUAUGAUCCUUGAAUGUCAUUUUAUUUCAAACUUAAUAACCCUCGCGUAUCAGGAUACCCUUUUCAUAAAUUUAAUCUGUGUACGGUUUUUUCUUAGUCAUCACUCUAAAAAUUUUGCCUUUGUAAAAAUUAAAAGAGGUAAUUUGUAGGUAAUUCGAUCUCUCACUCAAUAGAUUAUAACACCCCAACCUACUUCGGCUCAUCUUAUUUGUUCGUCAAGCUCCUCUGAUCAAAUCUUUUAUAUUAUUUUGACAUUACAUAAAAAUUUUGUAUCUUGCAGUUUGAACUGCCUUCUUCCUGACACUUUGAUUCAAUAAUAAAUUUGAAAAAUCUGGGCUGUCAAUCAUAUCGUAUUGCCGAUCUUUUAGAUUUCUUGACUUCCUAAAUGUGGAGAGUUUGUAAUGCAUUGGGACUCGGUCAUGAAAUGUUUCCAUUAAAGCCCCAGGUAACAUUUUAGAAUCUCUUUUCUUGAUUUUGUAUUGCUCAAGGUUUAAUUUGACUCACUUUCUGACCAUAGCCAGCUUCAUUACAUGGCUAAACAGUAAUAACCUUUUUGCAUCAGAAUUCACAUUUUUGGCUAACUACUCUGUAAAAUUUUCAGACUUGAGGUUAAAAAUUUUUUUUUUUGUUUUAAUCUACUUUGACAUUAGACUUCUUUUACUACAGCCUCAUUCAAAAUUCAGUCACCCCUUUUCCAUAGUAAAGGAUCUUUCUCAUGCAACUUGCUGAGUCCUUUCACACUAAUCUUUUUUUCUGUACCUAGAUUCUGUUUUAUAAUCACUUGAAAUUUGUCUAUUCUUUCACCUUGACCUCUUUGAACUAAGAUAAACCAAGAAAAAUUUCAUUGUUCGGUUGUAGUUUUUGAUUUUACCUGUAAUUGUCAAAAGAAAAAAUUAAAAAAUAAAAAAUAUUAAAAUCAAUGAAAUUGAUAGAUUUGUUUUUUGUUUUGUUUUGGUAUGACCUCCACCAACAUGUUCGAAAUCUCUCCCAUUUAACAUUGAGUUCCAAUAUUUGAGAACUAUUCAUCCAGGGUUUGGUAAUUUCUAGACUGGGAUGCGUACCUUUUUACCCCUCACCCUUCCAAUGCCUUAUCUUCUGUCUCAGUUGAAGUUGUUUUUAUUACUGUUCACUGUAGUAGAAUGGAAGUUCUAAGGCUCUCCAACUGCAAGGUUUGAAAAUUCUUCAUAUCAUUGGCUAUAGGGAAAGGUUGCGUAUCUUCAUCGGAAUGUUUAUAAAUCUCCGAUUACCUAUGCUCCCUUUGUUCUGAAGAUUACUAAUAAACAUGUCUUCCUUGUCUGGUGGCGAGGCGUGAAUGAUUGAUUAUCCAUAUUUCCCCAUUUGAAGCUGUGGUAAAGAAUCGAUUUUUAAGGUGUUCAAUGCGGUCUCCCUGUUUAAAGAUACUUUUCCAUAGAUUUAAAUGGCAGAUCAAUCAAUUUAUCACAAUACAAGUCACGCCACUGCUCUUGAUAAUUUUCUAAUAAUUAUAUUGAAUGAAUAAAUAAAAUUAACGGAAAUUUGCUCGUUAGAUGCCUUCUUGAAUAGUUUAACAUGAGAAGUCAGUUGCCAUGUCACAAUCGAAGAUGCGUUUCAUUCAACUUUAGCCAUCAAUAUGGGACUGUAUUUUGAAUAAAAGUAAUUGACUUUCCGCGAAAAGUUGAGCUUUGUUAAAUCAAAUUUUUGGAGAAAGUAAUUUUUUCUCUUCCCUUCCCUUAACUUAUCUUUGCAAUUCUUUUCCAAGCUAUUCAAACCGGCUAAGAUGUCCGAAAGUGUUGAAAUUUCAAAAUCUCAGUGGUAUGAUGUUUCCUUCCAUCUUGGCCCUAUCAUACAAAAACUGAAAGUUCAGUUCAGUUUGGGCAACAAGAGAGCUUGCCGGUGAAGGGUACUCCCUAUCCUUGUAAGGUAAUUUAAUACCUCUAGGGAAGCUGUUUUGCAUGUUGUACGAAUAUGUAAGGAAUCAAUUUUUAAACUGCAAAAUGGUAAAUCAAGUUUCGCCGGUUUUCAUUAUGCUCGCAGUUUUAACACAUUGGAGCAAAGAGCUCUCUUUUUAACAAAGCUAAACUUCAGACCAAAUUUAGCGCUGUGGGUCACUAUAUGGG